UUGUUGUGCAGGAAAGCAUGAUGGCUGUAAACAAGUAUGGCGUGUGGUGGUGAUACCCGUCGCCUGUGCAGCGAAACUGUGAGCGCCACUCGAAAUUUGGCCCGUUUGAACGCCCAUUUACUCACCGCUGCCGUUCGCGAACCCGCCUUAAACCUCUACCUCCGUCGCGUUUAGAUCUUGCUAGUGUCCGAAGACUUUAAACAGAACUGCUCCAAAGCGGAGUUCGCCAUGUCGUUGCCGCCGUACAGUGACAGCCCCACUCCGACGCCCUUUCGGAGUCCAGUGGAAAAUGACUUGCCUCCAUCUUACGACGACAUCACAAAUCCUAAUGCUCCCCCUCCGUCCUACCAGUCACUCUUUGGACAGGUUCGCGAGGUGCACAAGACGUCCAGCGGAGUGCUUGACUUCUUGCGAAGCGUCAUACUUCUCUUGCUAGGCACCCUUGGAUGUUCAAUCUUGGUUGGAGUCACAGUCAUCAUUCCCGUCAGCAUGAUAGUGAUAGGUACCACAUACCUAAGUGACUGCCCAGCCGAAAAGUACAUCCCAAUUUUUCUUGUGAUGGGUGGAGUGUUUGGUGUGCUGAAAACGCUACUUGACGUCUGCGGCAAGUGUCGGCGUCCCGACAGCAGUGGGGAGGCUGGCCGCAACGUGGCGGAAGAGCAGCGUGCUGAGGAGCGCACCUGGAGCACGCUUGUCAAUUGUUUCCUUUUUGCCUGGUAUGUUGCUGGCUGCGUGUGGGUGUACCGUGCCUACCCUCCGGACUACACAAACAUCGAAAGCCCUGCAUUUUGUGACAGGACUUUGUACCUCUUUGCGUUUGGCCUCGUCACGGCGGGCCUGCUGUCGCUCGGCUUGGUGGCGGCCUGCCUCUGCUGCCUAACACUCUUCUCAUUGCUCUCGAGCAAGGAUUGAUAGUGGCAGAGCCGCCCACCGAUAUCGGCCUGAAAAGCCCGCAGUCAUGGAUGCCACAGGUACCACUCUCAAGCUCAAGACAUCCGUGCCCAGCUGCCCCCAAAGCGAGUGUGCACAGAGGCGCGUUGUGACGGCGAGUGACACAGUGAUGCUGGAUUGCUGGCGGUGUGACAGCUACGCGAGGCCUCUCCGAGAGUUGUGCUUUUACGAGCGACGGACAGUGGUUCAAGCAGUCGCGCGAUUCCUGUGUUUAUUUCUGCGAAAUUUCUUGGUAAUUUAAGUGUUUCACUGAUGAAGGAAACGGGUUUAAGUAGUCUUUCCAACCAAAACAUGAACGCAGGGGUCGUGUGCCACGGUGAUGUUUUGUUUAGUACCACUUUCAGAUGCUGUAAUUGCCUGUUCUGAACGGACGGUGUUUGGGCAUGCACCAUUGUUCACUACUUCUAACGAUUUUAUUUAUUUUUGAAUAGGAAAGAAAAGGUGCCACUCGCAUAGACUCCACACAAGCGUCAGUCUGCGGUUAUCACACACACACGAGAUUUAACCAUCUUCUUAGCAUCCUUAAGUGGAAGGUAGGUGGAAUUUUAUUUGUUCUUUGAGUCACAGGGAAAUGAGUUGAAAGAAUUGUUGGGGUUUUACGUUCCAAAACCACGAUAUGGUUAUGAGAGACACCGUAGUGGAGGGCUCCAGAAAUUUUGACCACCCGGAGUUCUUAAGGUGCACCUAAAUCUAAGCACACGGGCCUCUAGCAAUUUGCCUCCAUCAAAAUUCAGCUACUGAGACCGGAAUGCGACCCCACGACCAUUGGGUCAGCAGUCAAGCACCAUAACCAUUAGACCACCGUGGUAGGUGGGUUGAAAGAACUUGUCCUAAUACUGGUUUUCAUGUACUUGCAGUGUAACCAGGUGCCCCCAAACAACUCGACCGUACUUAAAAGGAAGUGAGGGAUCACCUCAGACUCUUUGAUUCCCUUAACUCCAUUACUGCGGGUCAACAGCAGGUUAAAACUUGUGACAAGUAUGCAAGCUGUGCAUAUAAGCAGACUCGUGGAAGUCCCAUAACUCCCGAAGCUGCAAGAAACACUUGUAAGCACUCCAGACAGACUUGUCCAGCUCCAACUGUGGCUCCCUUUCUAAGGUUGUGCAAGUUGAAACGCCAUGCAUGCCAUGCCAAAGCGAUGUGAAAGGGACACUUUCACGAGCAGCCGUCUUCUGGGCAUUAAUCAUGCUGUAUAUGAGAUGAUUCAAUACAGAGUGGUGCGCACUGCAGUUACUAGCGGGAAGCAGCCGAUAUAUUUUGUUAAUUAUAGUUAAGUGCUCAAGGACAACAAAAUUCUGGUUUAUGUCCACAGAGUAAAGGCUGAAUUUGUCUAACUUAAAAUGUCUGAGCCGCACUACAGUACAAAGAUGGAAGAGACCAAUGAAUGGAUCGAACAUGCACUGUAGUGUAAAAGAACUUGUUGCUGGACUAGGGGUAAACCAUUUCAAAAAUUGAGUGCAAACACACAGCACAUUCACACACGCACACACACGUGUAUGUGUUUGGUGUUUGGGUGUAUGCGUGUGUGAAUGUGCCGUGUGUUUGCGCUCAAUUAAUUUUUGAAAUGCGCUAUACUAUUAACAAAUAUUUUAUUGACGAAACCUUACAUGUGACAAUUUUAAUCAAUACAUAAGAAAACCCAAAUGUGCGUACACUAUAAGAAACUGGGAACACAGCAUGUUUGAGCAUAGAAAUGUAAACCAAAGGUGAAAACAGCAUUAUUAACUAAAACCAACUUUCCCAUCUUUCAGUCACCUUGUCAAAUUUACCAUGUACAAGCAGGAACUACACCCUGACUUUUGAGCAAGGAAAUUUAGUUCCAACUUCUCAGUUAGGUCAUUUUUUUAAUUGUUUUCUUUAUAGUUGCAGUCCAGAGACUUUUCUCCAUAAAUGUACAUCCUGGUUAAUCUGUAACCACGUUUUCUGAGCCUGUCAUGUAUGUAUAGGCGAUGCACAAAGCGCCGACGAAGCCAUCUGCUGCCACGGCUUGGAAGCGCUGACGGGUCCCGGUGAGCAGUGCUCCCACGAGCGUCUACG